AACGCGUUGGUGGUAGGCAAGGGCCGCGAGUUCCUGGCGGCGCUGCUCAUCGUCGACGUGGCCCUCAUGAAACGCGCUGCCAAGAAGCGCAACUGUCUCCCCAAGAAAUUGCUCGGCAGCACGGAUUUCCAGGCGCAGCUCAAGGCCAUCGCGGAAACCGAGGCCAUGACGGCGACGGGUCUCAAGAAGUGGUCCAUCGUACCCCGGUCCCUGACCAUCAAGCGCAAGUGCGUCAUGCGCGCGUUCUACGAGAACGGGCAGGCGAGAGAGGACCAGGGGCGGGACGAGGACGACUCCGAGGCGGCCGGACGCAAGAACGGGAAGCUCACCGACGGCACCUUCUACAAGAAGCUCCCCGACGGCUCCUACGAGAAGACCAACCUCAAGCAGGCCACCGUCGAAGACAUGGAGAGGCAACUCAUGCAGGCCAUGAAGGAGAUCCGAGAGCUCGCCAAGAAGAUCAAGACGCUGCAGGAGCAGAACGCGGAGGACGAGAACGCGAUCAAAGCCAAGGAGGCCGUCGCCAAGAAGCUCGACCUCGAACUCGACGCCCUCGCCGGCGUGCCCACCACCACCUCCACCUCAGCCCACCACCACCACCACCGCACCACCACUGCCUCGUCGUCGUCGCCCGCCGCUGCCUCGUCGUCCGCUUCGUCGUCGCCGGUGGUGGCCACGCGAGCCGUUGCGAGUGGCGGCGAAGAAAAGGCCGGCGAAGUUGUGGCGGCGGUGACGUCAGCAGCGGAUGACGUGGCGCCGGCCGCGACGAAGAAGAGCGGCCGGAGCCGCUACGAGCGCCGGUCGUCGCCCCACUACAACGCCGCCAAGAGCAACAGAGAGAAGGAGAAGGUGGAGAAGGUGGAGAAGGACCACAAGGAGAAGGGCGAAGGCGGCGGCGGCGGCGGCGGUGGUAGUGGCAUCAAGGUGGAAAAGGACCACAAGGAGAAGGAAGACAAAAAGAAGGCAGUCGUGGAGGAGAAGGUGGAGGAGGAGAGCGGUAAGAUCGCGGGCUUACUGAAGCCGGGGAAGAAGCGGGAGAGGAGCGUGAGGCAGAAGCGGCUGUCCGAGCGCGCGGACCACGUCGCGGCCACCAACAAGGGCGGCAACAGCGACUGA